AUGCAAAGAGGUCCAGUUUAUUCCGAUAUUUUUGGGUCCGAGCGAUUACCUGACACCGAAGGUGUUGACUCGGGAGCAACGCAAUCCGGAUUUAUACCUGAUAGGGUGGAAGAUAUAAAAGAUCUGGAAAAACUACUGUCGGAAAGUAUAUUGGAAGAUCUGACAGUGGCAGAGAGGUCGAGGCAGUUACAUUACCAGCCAGAUCCAUUUCACGAUCAAUUUCUAGUUGAAAGCUCAGCAUUCACUUUGAGCGAGAAAACCCAUAUUCCAAAGGUACCAGAUACGGUGAGUCUCUCCUCAAACGAUAAUACUCCUAUUAGCAGUCCGAAGAAAAGAACUGCGAAUAACUCGACGGCGUUCAAUCCGGCAUUUGCACCGAUUGAUACCUCAAACAAUAUAACUACCAUAGACGAAAUUGAACCACAAAUGGAUAGAAAAAGUUCAAAUUCAACUCUAUCGAGAAAGAACCUCUACCAGAACACGGGCAGCAUUCCUCAAAGGAACGACGACACGGAGGUAGAUAUAGAAAUGCCAAACAGAUCCAAAGGUGGAUCGGUACCAAGGAGAAAACCAUCGUUGCCGCAGCUUGCUUUAGCUAGCCUAAAGAAGCAGGCCAGUUUUGGUAGCAGUCCAACAACGACUCCUACGUACUCUAGGAGGUCUCCCAUGCAAGGGUUCGGUUUUUUCAAUAGAUCUGCUUCGAGAGAUUUGACAGAUCAGCAUGUAGCAUAUCAGCAGCAGCAGCAGCAGCAGCAGCAUCAACAGCAACAGCAACAGGCACAGCACUCUCAACAGACCAUGUCGUCUCCACAGCAAGGACAUUCUUUCAGAGGAUUUGCCUCCAAGGCAAACCCAUUUUCAGAUAACGCUAAUACUUAUGGGAAUCACAUGCAUAACGCUGAAACGGACAACAGCUCUAUGUCUACGAAACACAGCUUCUAUGGCCACUUGAGCUCAGCACAUAGUUCUCAAACGCUCAGCUCAUUGCUGGGCGGGACCAACAACUCGGGCGAGAGUGCAAGCACGACUAACAAACUAAACCACGCAGCAACUACAAUAGGGAUAGGUUUGAACACGAGAAGCUCCUCGACAUCGUUGACUUCAAAGAGAUUCACAUCGUCCUCAGGGAACUCCUCGCACGGCCAUCACCAUCACAGGCGCCAGAGCAGCAUCACUCCACUAUCAUCAAAUAACAAGACAUCGUCCUCUAUCUUAUCAAAGACGUUCAAUAACGGGGGCAGUAAAAGCAUGGCCACGGCAGGUCCGACGGGGCAUCGCAGGAGUACCAAGAAACAUAACUAUGUGUAUCCAGCUCUACUCUCCAGGGUUGCAACAAGAUUUAAAAAGACGAUUUCAUUAGGCGAAUACAAAAAGGACGGUCUCGUUUACCGUGAUGCGUUUACUGGUCAGCAAGCAGUGGACGUUCUGUGUUCCAUGAUAAGAUCGAAUGACAGGAAUAUUGCAAUUCUGCUUGGUAGAUCUUUGGAGGCACAGAAGCUCUUCCAUGAUGUCGUUUACGAACACCGUUUGAGAGACUCGCCCUUUGAAGUUUACGAAUUCACAGAUAACUCUAGAUUCAUUGGGUCCGGAUCCUCUGGAAUGGUAUCUCUAAGUAACCAUGAUCCACUAAUGCUUAUGUCCCAGGGGUCCUCAACGACACAAACAAACGACCAACAUAUGCAACAUAACCAGAGAGACAUUCCAGUGACAAAUUCGAGAUCUUCGCUUUUCAGUCAGCAAACAGAGAAUUCCUCUGAUAGUAUGACAUAUCAGCCAUCGUCAGCGUUUACCUCACAAUCGACAAUCACACAAGUAGCGCCAAAGGGUCAGCAGCAGUUGGAUCCAUCAAUGCUCCAUAAUGUAAGCGGUGUAUUCACCUUACUUGCAGAAUGCUACUCGCCAACUUGCUCCCAUGAUAAGUUGUGCUACUCGAUAUCAUGUCCAAAAAGAUUGGAACAACAGCAGAGGCUGAACUUGAAACCCAACGGUGGUUUGAAAAGAAACAUCUCAGUUGCGUUGGAAGAAGAGGAGGAGGAAAAGCAGUCCUGGACAAGUUCUGUUUCUAAAGAAAUAUGGAAAGGCCUCUCAAAGAAAGAAAUAAAGAGGCAAGAGGCAAUCUACGAGGUUUACAUCACGGAAAAGAACUUUGUAAAGUCCCUGGAAGUGACAAGAGAUGUCUUCAUGAAAAACCUGGCAGAAACAAAUAUUAUACCAGCGGAUAUUCGUAAGAAUUUCAUCAAACAUGUCUUUGCUCACAUUAACGACAUUUAUUCUGUUAACAGAAGAUUUUUAGAGGCACUCAGUGAUAGACAGAAAUCCAGUCCUGUGGUGAAGGGGAUAGGGGAUAUUUUGUUGCGAUUUAUUCCCUUUUUCGAACCGUUCGUUUCCUAUGUUGCGUCAAGACCUUAUGCUAAAUACCUGAUCGAGACUCAACGGUCUGUCAACCCCCAUUUUGCCAGGUUUGAUGAUGAUAUGAUGAGUUCGUCACUGAGGCAUGGAAUUGAUUCGUUUUUAUCUCAAGGUGUCUCCAGGCCUGGUAGGUAUAUGUUGCUGGUGAGAGAGAUUUUGAAGUCGACGGAACCCGAAAAAGGCCCAGAGGAAUUUGAAGUUUUGACGAAGGCGAUGGACGCCCUUCGUGAUUUUAUGAAAAGGAUUGAUAAAGCCUCAGGAGCUGCCCAGGAUAGACACGACGUCAAACUAUUGAAACAAAAAAUUUUGUUCAAAAAUGAGUACGUCAAUAUGGGCCUCAACGAUGAAAAACGUAAGAUCAAGCAUGAAGGCGUAUUGUCAAGAAAAGAGCUCGUCAAAGCUGAUAACAGUGUAGUCGGUGAUAUACAAUUUUACUUGCUGGAUAACAUGCUUCUUUUCCUGAAGGCUAAGUCGGUAAACAAGUGGCAUCAACAUAAAGUUUUCCAAAGACCAAUUCCAUUGCCGCUACUAUUUGCUUGUCCGGGUGAAGACAUGCCCAUAUUGCGUAGGUACAUUGGUUCAUCUCCCGAUUCAUUUGCUACUGUAAUCCAACCGGAAUACAACUCUCCCAAUACUAAAAACGCCAUAACAUUUUAUUACUAUGGCGCCAAACAGAGGUACCAGGUUACAUUAUAUGCUGCUCAGAUGGCUAGUUUACAGACACUUCUAGACAAAAUCAAACAGGAACAACAAAGAAUUAUUGAUGAGACAAGCAUGAUCAAUAUAACUAAGCUCAGUGAUAAGUUCUUCGAUUAUUCAAACAAGGUCAAUAGUGUCAGCUCAUGUGAUGGUGGUCGUAAACUACUGAUAGCUACGAAUUCUGGGUUGUAUAUGAGUAAUAUCAAAAGACAGGAAGAUAAGAUGACGAAAAAGCCACUUAUCACCUUCUCGUCCCCACUACAAUUGGUACAAAGAAGUAGUAUUUUGCAAGUUGCAGUUUUAGAUGAGUUCCAAUCUAUUUUGUUGUUGGUGGACAAGAAAUUAUACAGUGUCCCGUUGUCACUAAUCAGCAUUGACAGUAAUGGCACAUCGUACUUUAAGAAGCAUGGAAAAGAACUGGUAAAUCAUGUCACCUUCUUUUCUGAGGGCGAUUGUAACGGCAAGAGGUUGAUUGUUACUGCGCACAGUUCGUCCCAUUCGAUAAAGUUUUUUGAAUUAGAGCCACCAGUGUUGACGAACAGCGGCAGCUCCUCGAACAACAAGAAGAGUCUGAAGAAGAAGAUUACGGAGGUCGUGUUCGACUCUGAACCCGUUUCUAUUUCUUUCUUGAAGGCAAACCUGUGUAUCGGUUGCAAGAAAGGUUUUCAAAUUGUCAGCAUUUCGCAAAAUGCACAUGAAUCGCUGUUGGACCCUGCGGACACGUCGUUGGAGUUUGCUCUCAAGGAUACAUUGAAACCGAUGGCCAUUUACCGUGUGGGCAACAUGUUUCUGCUGUGCUAUAUGGAGUUUGCGUUCUUUGUUAACAACCAGGGUUGGCGUAAAAAGGAAUCGCACAUUAUACACUGGGAGGGAGAACCUCAAAAGUUUGCCAUUUGGUACCCAUACAUUUUGGCUUUCAACAGCCGUUUUAUUGAAAUUAGAAAGAUUGAUACUGGUGAACUGGUUCGCUGUAUUUUGGGUGAAAAAAUCAGAUUGCUGCAGACAAGCACACAGGAGAUACUCUACGUAUACGAAGAUGCCCGCGGUUAUGACACUGUUGCAUCUCUAGAUUUCUGGGGGUGA